CCACCUCAAUCAAUUUGCAAGCGAAGGGAAGGGCCCGGGCACCCCCCGCCUCCCCCCAGUGCGCCGCGGGAGGAGCGCGUGCGAAGAGAGGGGGUCCCCCUACCGCUGCUUCCUCCUGCCAGGCGACUUGCAAAGGGAGCGGAGGGAAGAAGAAGAAAAAAUAGAGUCAAACUUCAUCUGGCUGCUGCUGGACUUGUCUCGCUGCUGAUGCUAAGGGCAUAUUUUUUCCAAGGAGGCUGUUAACUGUAUUGCAUAUAGAUCUCUCUCUAUACACACACACACGCACCCAGAGGAAGCAACAACGCUUGUGGCUCGCUGCUUUGCAAAGGGAGAGCCCCGUCCCUGGCUGAGACUUGCCCUCUGCCGCCUCCUCCUUCUCAACCCGCUGGCUCCAAGUAUGUUUCAGGGGCGGACUGCGCUCCGGGGCGCUUCUGCGUCUUGCCCCGCCGCUGUCAGCGGAGCCGCGGCGGAGUGACAGCCAGGGAUGCCGCAGAAACGCACCGGAGUCCCUCUUGCAGACACGACCCCGCUGCUGCUCGCAGGUAGCGCCCGGGCCGUCGCGGAGCGGCGGGAGCCCUCUGCCCGGAGAUGACUCCCCGGAGGAGCGAUGGGCUGCAGCGGAGGCGUUAGGGCGCCCAAAGGAAGAGGGCGACGAGCCCAGCAGCCGCCCAGCCUCUCCCAGGAGAGGGAAGCCGGUGGCUUUGGCUAAGGACGUAGCAGGACUAUUUCCCUCUUGCUCGGAGAGCUUCCCCCCCCGGGCUGCUGAAACUUGCCCGGAGAAAAUAACUUCCCUCCCCGGCUCUGUCUGCUGGGAAUCUCGCCCCCCUUCCCUACCCACGGGGGUACCUCAUCGCAAACCCCGCACGCCACUGGGGAGGUGCUUGUAGCGGAUACAAACCCCCUACCUGGCCGGGAACCCCCUUCGCUCUUCCCGGGCCAGACCCUUUCUAUGUGGAGCCCGUUUCAAUGGACGUGCCCCAGUGCGCCGCUGCGGCCGCUUAGGCGAUCGGCGGGCUCCUAAAGGUUGACCAUGGUGGCCGCCAUCCGCUCCCUGCUAGCGCUGCUGCUGUACCAGGUGCUGCUGGGCGGCUCGGCCGGGCUCAUCCCGGAGGUGGGCCGGCGGCGCUUCAGCGACUCGGGCCGCGCCGCCCCGCAGGAGCUGCUGAGCGAGUUCGAGCUGCGUCUGCUCAACAUGUUCGGGCUGAAGCGGCGGCCGAGCCCCAGCAAGAACGCCGUCAUCCCGCCCUACAUGCUGGACCUCUACCGCCUGCAGGCCGGCCAGCAGCUGGGCCACUCCGCCCCGGGCUACCCGCUGGAGCGAGCCGCCAGCCGCGCCAACACGGUCCGGAGCUUCCACCACGAAGAAGCUUGGGAAGAGCUCCCAGAAGCAAGUGGGAAAACAGCGCGGCGCUUCUUCUUUAAUUUAACUUCCAUCCCUAACGAGGAGUUUCUCACCUCGGCUGAACUUCAGAUUUUUCGGGAGCAGGUGCAGGAAACCUUUGAGAACAAUAGCAGCUACCAUCACCGUAUUAAUAUUUAUGAAAUUAUAAAGCCAGCCACAGCCACUUCUAAGGACCCUGCCGCAAGACUUUUGGACACCAGGCUGGUGCAUCAGAAUGCAAGUAAAUGGGAAAGCUUUGAUGUAACACCAGCUGUAAUGAGGUGGAUUGCACAUAGACAGCCUAAUCAUGGGUUUAUAGUAGAGGUGGUUCACUUGGACAAUGAGAGCAGUGUUUCGAAGAGGCACGUUAGGAUUAGCAGGUCUUUGCAUCAGGAUGAAGAUAGCUGGUCUCAGCUCCGGCCGUUGUUAGUAACUUUUGGCCAUGAUGGCAAGGGACACUCUCUCCAUAAAAGAGAGAAACGCCAAGCAAAACACAAACAGCGCAAACGCCACAAAUCCAGUUGCAAAAGACAUCCUUUAUAUGUGGACUUCAAUGACGUGGGGUGGAAUGACUGGAUUGUUGCCCCACCAGGAUAUGGUGCCUUUUACUGCCAUGGGGAAUGCCCUUUUCCAUUGGCAGAUCACCUAAACACAACAAAUCAUGCAAUUGUUCAGACUUUGGUCAAUUCCGUGAAUUCCAAAAUCCCUAAGGCUUGCUGUGUUCCGACAGAACUGAGCGCUAUUUCCAUGCUCUACCUUGACGAGAACGAAAAAGUUGUAUUAAAGAACUAUCAAGAUAUGGUUGUGGAGGGUUGUGGGUGCCGCUAAUUAUAUUAGACAAAUACAAAAAAAGCUGACACUUUAAUAUUUCCCAAUGAAGACUUUAUUUAUGUAAUGAAAUGGAAAGAAAAAAAUACAACUAUUUUGAAAAUUAUAUUUAUGUCCACAAAAAGUUUGGGAAAACAAAUAUUUUAAUCAGAGAAUUAUUCCUUUAAAGAUUUUAAAUGUAUUUUAGUUGUACAUUUUAUAUGGGUUUAAUCCCAGCACAUGAAGUAUAAUGGUCAGAAUCUUAUUUUGUAUUUAUUUACUAUUAUAACCACUUUUUAGAAGAAUAGCUAAUUUGUAUUUAUAUGUAAUCAAAAGAAAAAAAAUAUAGGGUUUGUACAUAAUUUUCCAAAAUUGUAGCUGUUUUAAUUGUGUGUAUUUAAAUUGAAAAGAAUACAUGGAAGGUUACUAUGGCAAAGUGCAUAGCACAUUUGCUUUCUGCUGUGCUACUGUUAAGGUCACAAGUUCAAGUCCAGAAAAAGUGGAUAAUCCACUCUGCUGACUUUCAAGAUUAUUAUAUUGUACAAUUCUCAGGAAUGCUGCAGGGUGGGCUGUCCAAUCCAUGAGAACUGGCAUCCUCGUUAGGUGGAACAUUUUGGAUAAGAACCAGACAUUACUGAUCUAGUAUACUGCUAUUCCCAACUCAUUUGCAGAGUGAAUACAAGCAGGGCCAAUAGAAAUCUUAAGGAAAAAAGGCUGAACUCUUCUUAGACCUACAGAAAAGUUGAAUGUUUGUCAUUCUUCUCCUUUACUAGUCCUCUCAUUUAAAUCCUUAUCCUGGCCAAAUAUUAAAUAAUAAAAUAUGAUUUCUUUUUC